AUGCUAUUCCACGUCGUGUUAAGAGCUCUGCUAUUUGAGCUUCUUUUCCAGCAUGCUUCCGCUACGUUUAAUGCGACCGCAUCGAGUAGCAUAAGGGCCAUAUACUUAUUCAAAGACGUACUCAAGUCAAACACCUCAUCUUUAAAGACCUCAGGCUUUAACUCUGUCAUCAUCUUCGGUGUCGGAAUCCUCGAAAAUGGCGACAUCAUGUACUACUCAAACACUCCAGGAAGCAAGGACACAUUAAUCGCAUCUAAUGGUGCAUAUGUUGGGGGCACAGCGCUUUCCGAUAAGGUUCGCUCGUUUAAGACAGGCGACACAGGCAUUAACCGGAUUGAGAUCUCGAUGAACUCCCAGCACGUCCGCGAACUGACGCGCAGCCCCGGAACCGGUGCCGAGACGACGCUCUACCGCAACUUCGAGGCGCUAAAGAUAGCAUGGGAUCUCGACGCCGUUAACAAUGACGACGAGUCUAUAUACGAUGUCACUAGUACUGUCGCCUUUGCGAAAAUGCUCGGCACGAUAGGAUAUAAAUACACCACGGCGCCGUAUACAAACACAGGUUUCUGGAGGAGCGUCACGACACAGAUUAACAACGGUCUCCAAGAACCGACUUUGCUGCUAGAUAGGGUGUAUCUGCAAUGCUACGACGGUGGUGCAGGAAACGAUCCGGGGAGCUGGCAAAACACCCUAGGCAUGAAGGUCGUACCGCUCGUAUGGGUUACGAAUGACUCCAAGCCUUCGCAGGGGACAACGGCUACACAAGCACUGUCUAAGUUCACCGGUUGGAAUUCACGAAGCGCCGUGGCUGGGGGAGGGUUUUGGAACGACUACGAUAUUGAAAAAAUGGGGUUGUCAUACACAGCGUAUGGGGAAGUUCUUACAAGUGUUUUCCCAUAG